CCCGGGCGCGCGCGGGGUCGCGCGGACGCGGCUCCGGCCGCGGGUGCCGAGAGGUCGCCGGGCCACCCGCACCGCCGCCCCCCGCCUGACGCACGGAGGGGCCGGGACGCUAUUUGCCACGAGUGACUGGAGUCGCCGCCGCCGCCGCCGCCGCCGCCCGGGCCCGCUCCGCCCCCAGCCCGCCUUCCUCCCGCCGCGCCCUCCGCCUCCUCCCGCACCUCGCUAGCGUUCCCCUGUCCUCCCCAACGCCCCGGAGCCGCCGGCCGCUAGCGCGGGCGCCAGCCAGAAUUAAGGAAGUUCACUGGAGUAAAAUGGAGGCCUCUGUAAUAUUACCCAUUCUGAAGAAAAAACUAGCCUUCCUUUCAGGAGGAAAGGACAGACGGAGUGGCCUCAUUUUGACAAUUCCAUUAUGCCUCGAGCAGACAAAUAUGGAUGAGCUGAGUGUCACCUUAGACUACCUACUCAGCAUUCCAAGUGAGAAGUGUAAGGCUAGAGGAUUUACCGUCAUUGUGGAUGGCAGAAAAUCACAGUGGAAUGUGGUGAAAACAGUAGUUGUAAUGCUACAGAAUGUUGUUCCAGCUGAGGUGUCCCUUGUUUGUGUGGUAAAGCCAGAUGAAUUCUGGGAUAAGAAAGUAACACAUUUUUGUUUUUGGAAAGAAAAGGAUAGACUUGGCUUUGAGGUUAUUUUAGUGUCUGCCAACAAAUUGACUCGUUAUAUAGAACCAUGCCAAUUAACAGAAGAUUUUGGUGGGAGUCUUACCUAUGAUCACAUGGACUGGUUAAAUAAGAGGCUGGUUUUUGAGAAGUUUACAAAGGAAUCUACAUCAUUGUUAGAUGAACUUGCUUUGAUUAACAAUGGAAGUGAUAAAGGAAAUCAGCAAGAGAAAGAAAGGUCUGUGGAUUUAAACUUUCUUCCAUCGGUUGAUCCUGAAACAGUUCUUCAGACAGGGCAUGAAUUGUUAUCCGAAUUACAGCAGCGUCGAUUUAAUGGCUCAGAUGGAGGGGUGUCAUGGUCUCCUAUGGAUGAUGAACUGCUUGCACAGCCACAGGUUAUGAAAUUAUUAGAUUCACUCCGAGAGCAAUAUACCCGCUACCAGGAAGUUUGUAGGCAACGUAGCAAGCGCACACAGUUAGAAGAGAUUCAACAGAAAGUGAUGCAGGUUGUGAACUGGCUUGAAGGACCUGGAUCAGAACAACUAAGAGCGCAGUGGGGCAUUGGAGACUCCAUUAGGGCUUCCCAGGCCCUACAGCAGAAGCACGAAGAGAUUGAGAGCCAGCACAGUGAAUGGUUUGCAGUGUAUGUGGAACUUAAUCAGCAAAUUGCAGCACUCUUGAAUGCUGGCGAUGAGGAAGAUCUUGUGGAACUGAAGUCACUGCAGCAACAACUUAGUGACGUUUGUUAUCGACAGGCCAGUCAGCUGGAAUUUAGGCAAAACCUCUUACAGGCAGCUCUUGAAUUUCAUGGUGUUGCCCAAGAUUUGUCUCAGCAGUUGGAUGGCUUAUUAGGGAUGUUGUGCGUAGAUGUAGCACCAGCUGAUGGAGCAUCGAUUCAGCAAACUUUAAAACUGCUUGAAGAGAAGCUGAAAAGUGUUGAUGUGGGAUUGCAAGGUUUACGUGAAAAAGGUCAAGGUCUCCUGGAUCAGAUCUCCAAUCAGGCAUCCUGGGCCUAUGGAAAGGAUGUAACCAUUGAAAAUAAAGAAAAUGUGGACCACAUACAAGGAGUGAUGGAAGAUAUGCAACUUAGAAAACAAAGAUGUGAAGACAUGGUAGAUGUGCGAAGGUUAAAGAUGCUUCAGAUGGUGCAGUUGUUUAAAUGCGAAGAAGACGCUGCCCAGGCAGUAGAAUGGCUAAGUGAACUCCUGGAUGCUCUGCUUAAGACCCACAUCAGAUUGGGCGAUGAUGCUCAAGAAACGAAAGUUUUGCUGGAAAAGCAUAGAAAAUUUGUUGAUGUUGCACAGAGCACUUAUGACUAUGGCAGGCAGUUGCUACAGGCUACAGUUGUGUUAUGCCAAUCUUUGCGCUGCACUUCUCGAUCAUCUGGAGAUACACUUCCUCGGUUGAACAGAGUAUGGAAACAAUUUACAAUAGCAUCUGAAGAGAGAGUACAUAGGUUGGAAAUGGCUAUUGCAUUUCAUUCAAAUGCUGAAAAGAUUUUGCAGGACUGUCCAGAAGAGCCUGAAGCUAUUAAUGAUGAGGAGCAAUUUGAUGAAAUUGAAGCAGUUGGGAAAUCACUUUUGGAUAGAUUAACUGUUCCUGUAGUUUAUCCUGAUGGAACCGAACAAUAUUUUGGGAGUCCAAGUGACAUGGCUUCUACUGCAGAACACAUCAGAGACAGGAUGAAACUAGUUAGUCUCAAAAGGCAGCAGCUGAGACAUCCUGAAAUGGUGACCACAGAGAGCUAAUAGACACCAGCUACCUACAGAUUUGCAGUUCGUAAUCCCGCAUGUUGUCAACAUAAUAUAUAGCAUUAGCCACAACACAUUAAGAUGCAUUUCACAGCCAGAAUAAGCCUCAUUUCUUUUCAUGACAUUUCUCUCUACAUGUUAACACCUUGCUACUACUAAGGCAUAAUUAUUUAACAUGCUUCAAGGCUAUAAACUCCAAGUAUCUUAAAAGAAGGAACUAUAAACAUUGCACUGAAAACUUGCUUUAAAGCUUUAUUUGACCUGUCAGUUUGCAGAUGAACAACUGAUAAUAAGCUUUGAAUGGUGCUAAUAAGAGUAGGAGUUAUCUCUAUUUAAAAAAAAAAAAAAAAAGAUUGCCCUUCCUCCACUGGUGAUUUAGUAAAUUUAGACAGUAGUUAAACUCUUAUUAGUAGACAGUGGUGUCCUCAAAAUUUUACUUUGUAAUUCUUCAGAAUUGAUUAUUUUUAUUGUGUCAAUAUGAAGAAAACCUUUCAGAUCUUUGAUAUAUCAUAGUCAUUAAAAGACCUUUUCUUAUUUGUAUUUAUAAUGUAUUAAAAGUUGUUUGUGCUUAAUAAAAGACUUCUUUAAACAUCUUAUUUAAUUUAGUAGUUACAUCCUAUUUCCAAACAUGAGUGCCUUAUUUAAAAGGGCAUUCUUAGGACUGUGAGGAUGGUUUAGUAUUUGUUUUUUCAUGGUGGUUGCAUGUAUUUUAGACAGGAAAUUCAUAUGUAAGCAUGUAUAUAUAAUAAAUAAGCAUGUUUUAUUAUGAAAAAUUAUUGUGAAGAACAAUUUAGAUCUUUAAGAACUUAUUAAUAAUGGAAUAAGUUUCUCUUCUUCAACUUGAAAAAUAUUCUCAAAAUUAUUAACUACCCUGAAGAUACUUUGUCUUUAGGGGAGGAGGGCUGAGGAAGAAGGCAUACAUAAUUACUUCAGUGUAAUCCUUCAUAACAAAGUAAUCUUUCUGGAACUAAAAUAGCAAUUGUUAAUAAAAUUUAGUUUCUCAUUAUAGUCUAAAAGCAAAAUAAAUUCUGAAGUAGUCCAAUAACAGAACUGUAUGACUCCUUUAGAAAUAAAAUUUAUCAUGAAAUGCUAGUGCUUUUAAGUUUGUAUUAAGUUCAAAUGGUAAAAUGCAAAUAUAAUUUAAAUUUUGUGUAUUUUUAUUUCAGAAAAGGCUUUUUAAAAGAUUAAAAAUUAUUUUUUAGGCUUGUAGUCAUUACAAAAGUAUGGUCUACAAACAUGUUGAAGUAACCUUCAAUGCAAAAAAACAACUCCCUCUUACCCUGUUAGUUUUUCCAGCCUUCUUCACUGAUAGACUUCUUGGAGAAUCCACAUCCAGUGCCCCUACAUCUUCACGACUCACUACACAGCACCUCACAGUCUGGUUUUACACAGCACUCUAAUGAAACUGUUCUUUUGAAAGUCAACAAUGGGCUCCCAGUUACCAAACUGAAUGGUGUUUUUCUCUCUCUGAAUCCCUUACCCUUUUCUCUCUGCAACAUUUAUACCAUUGAGCAACCUUCCUAGACAGUGUUUCCUUCCUUGAAGAUGCUAUCCUCUGAAACAACUGUGAGUGUAGUCACAUAACCCUUAUUUAAGAUGUGCCUGCUGAACAUAUGCUCUCUCACAUCCUGUCCUCAGAAUGCUUUUGGGCUCUUUUCUAGGUAUCUCAUCCUUAUGGUUGUUAUUUUAUACCAAUGUUCUGGAUUACAUAUCUGGUCCAGAAAUCUAGACUUGUACUUCUUUUUAAUUGCCUACUUGAUAUUUCAACCUGGAUUAAAGAUUUACCAUAUUUAUGACCUUUCCCUCCUGAAACAGUUUAGGUUAAUGGUGCAGCCUUUUUUCUAGUCAAAUGUGCCAGGAAAUCUAGGGCAAAGUUCAACUGCUCCCUCUCAUCUUAUGUGGCUGCUGCUUCUGAGAACAUCCAGGAAGUUCUUUCUAUACUUAAUAAUCCUCUCACUCCUUUGGGGCUUUACUGCCAUGAAUAUGAACUUUUGUGACUAUUCAUUUCAGUCUUCACGAUGGUGCUAGUCACAUUCUACAGUUUAUGUCUGUACCCACUAAGCUUUUUUGAGGGAAGGAAUCUUCUCUUUUCCUAUUCCCAGUCUUGCUCAUGCAUAACAGAUACCCAGUCCUCCUAAAUAUGAAUGCUGUAUUGUAGGCAUUAGUAAUAAUCCCUGUUAUAUUGCAGUCUGAAGUAUGUUUUAAACAUACUUAUUUUUUAAAGUUAGAACUGACUUACAAGUGAAUUUAUUCACAAGAAGUGAUUUGGUAUUUUAGAUACUUAAGACACUAACUACUCUAGAUAUUUAGUUAUACUCGGUAACUAAAUAUCAAUACUCAAUAUCUGUUUCUUCUACUGAAUUUCAGAGUAGUUAGAAUAUUUUUAUUAAGACUUUGCUAGAAAGGAACUGGUUUAUAGUAAUUCCACCAUCAACUCAUGGAGUUAUAAUUGCCAAACGAGUUAAUUUUUAUAUACCUUAAGCUAUCCUGCCUACAAGAAGAGUAAAAUAAGGCAGGAUCCAUAAAUAUUAUUUGUAAAUUUAGUGUUUCACAUGAGGCCAAAUAGGAUUUUAACAUAAUGAAUAUCGUUGCUCUUCAUCUGUACAUUUGCUGCUACUUUCAUAUGUGUAUCUGUACAUACACAGAGUUAUGAAUGAAAUCUAGUAAUGCCCUAAUGUGACUUUUUCCCAUAGGGAGUUCAUGUAAAGUGAACAUGUGAAAGAAGUGACUGCAGUGUGUUUGAAAUCACAGGCUGUUUCUAUGUCAUAAAUUAACAUUGGCCUGCAAAUAAAACUUUGAAAGAACCACUCAUUUCUAAUUGGCUUAUGUCACAACCUCCCACAUUCCUUUAGCCCAUCUCAGGGAAUUAUUGAAGUGUUGGCAGGGCUAGUUUUAUUUUGUUUUUUUGUUUUUUGGUGGUGGUGGUGGUUUUUUUGGUUUGAGGAAUUUGUUUUUGUUAUUUUUCUUUUGUCUUCUUGUUUGCUUCUGUGUAAGCUUAAUACAUAAUGGCACUUUUGGCAUCUGUUCUUCACACAUACCUAACUCAGCAGCGUUAUGAUGCAAAAAUGAUAACUUCAUUUUAGGUCAAAUUGGCUUUGUUCCCAGUCCUCAUUGUUGGUGACUUUUUAGAGUGACUUAUUGGUGAUGAUGAAACUGUUCAGCCUGCCAGCUGGGAUACUGAUGGCAGGUCUAGGCUUCAUUGCUAGGUAGAAUAUUGGAUACUUCUCACUUUAUAGAAAUUUACAUUGGCUACUGCUCCCAGUGUUAGCUAGUCUUAAUGUGUUUGUUAUUUCAUUAUCUUAUUAGUUGACAUAUGGAGUGGUAUUAUUAUUAGUAUCAUAGUCCAUAGUAAGAGCAUGACAGUUAAGUUACCUUACUGCUAGUGAUGAGUAAACUGUAUUCUCUGAUCUAAACACAUUAUUACCAAUGUGAUUAUGAAGUUAGCUGAAUCUAUCUCACUAUGUGGUCUGCAUUCGAAGAAAUAAUUUAGUAUUCUCUAUUACAUGGUAAGGUACUUGCCAAUAGAGAUUGGGCAUUAUUAUAUACUCCUCCCUUUCUCAUAUCCUACCCAAAGUACACAAGGCCAUAGUAAAUUACUGUUGCUACUAAAAACUAAACAUACUGUGGUUGCUAAUGUCCUUUACAUCUUCAGCCUAUAGGGAAUGGUACAGGCAGAAACAAACACCAGUAAGUAUAUUAUCAUCAGUAGUGAGAUCUGUAUGAUUAGGAUAUCUUUGCUUAAGUCCCCAAAGGAAAAAUUCUCUGGCAUUAAAAACAUGGCUGAACAUAACAGUUAACCUGAUUAGUAGACUUAUUGUUAACUUUCAGUCCUAAAAAUGAAAAGCUUUAGUUGGGAGUAGAAAAUACACUCUGCUGGUAUAUACAGCAACAGAAAUCCUGAUGAGGUAAAAUGAAGUCAAAACUUAACAUGUGACAUUAUUUGACUUCCCUACAUGCUACUGAAAAGUCUAGGUUUAGCUAAGAAGCAUAAAUAAUGGCAAGACUUAUAGAGAAAAGAACAUACAAAACAAGAACUGGAAUGAAUAUAAUGGAAAGUGUUUGGAGCUUAAAUGCUUGGCCUCAAAAAUCUGGCUUUGCCGUUUACUAUGAUCUUAGUUAAAAAGAAAUCUGAAUUUAUCUGGGGCUGUAAAAUAGUGAAAUAAUACCAAUUUCAAGAAUAAAAUAUGAUAUAAAGAAGUGUUGAAACCAAAAUAUCAAGAAAUAGAAUGGAAGGUAUCAUUGCUAUAACUAUUUUUUCAGGUAGAAAAUAGAGUAUUCUUUAUUCUUUCUGUUGUCCCACAUGACAAGCACGGGAUGGUGAGGAAAUGGCACAUUACUUAUGUUCGCCCCACCUUAGCUCCACCACCCCUUCAGUUUACUGGCAUAUCAGAAUGUAUGUUCAGAAUUACACACUGAAGAUACAAAAGAUAGAAUUGGUAAGCUUAUCAGUAAAUAACAAGACUUUGAAAUCUGAUAAAUUAGCUGUUUUUAUGGGAAGAUAAUAGACCAGCAAGAUGGAAAACAAAUGAGGAGUAUCAUCUGUUUUGAGAUUGAUAGGGUGUGACAUAACCCCAUUAAUAGACACAAGUAAAAGGAAGUCAUACUAGGAAUGGGUAUCAGUGAGUGAGCACCAACCAGUAGAAACAAGAGCAUAAAUCUGUUAUUUAUAAAGUAUCCCAAUAUUGAGGCAAAAAGAACAAAGCAUGACAAGACCACAAUUAGUGCUGUUAUGAUUAGAGAGGAGCAGUCUCUACGUAAACUCAGGCAGUGACGACUGAUCCUGUAAUAGGAGCAUAGAACUAAGGACACUCUGUGAGCUGGCAUAAAUACAGCGGAGUCUUUAAGACUGAAAGAGGUUCAUGGGUAUGGCACUUAAUAUGACUCAACAUCACUGCAGAAUUUUCAAGCAAACAUGAAAGCUUGAGAAUAAACACUAGUCCCUGUACUUCAGGAAAAAGCAGAACCUGUACUAGAACAUGAAGAACUUAAAGAUCAAAAGACAGCCAGAACUGUGACUAAAUAUUAUUUUGUUAGAGAACUUUAUGAGGCUAUAUAUGUAAUUCCUAUAUGUAAUUUUAUAGGAAUUCUUAACUGAAAAUAGUUACCAACUGCCAGUUAUCAGGAGCAAUGGUAUUAGGGAUUUUAACUUAGGCAUGUAGAAAACUCUGACAAAAGGGCUACUGAACUCAAGCCAGUUCCCAGUGAAUCUCCAGGAGGCACCUUAGAAGUCUUUCCAAGCUGAAUACCAUGUCUUUAGGGUGUCCGAACGCGUCUGUCUUUGGGGAGAAAUGAGAGAUGAUUGAAUGCCUUUCCACUCAGAACACAGUGGCCCAUGCACUGUGACCAAGCCUCAAAUCUUUUCUAUUACAGUUCCAGAUUCUUUUUUAGUCUGGAAGUUAGGGUAAAUAAAAAAUCUAUGUUUGAUUUUUUUCUUUUAGGAAUGUUUUCUCAUCUUAACUCUAUGUUAUCUUUAUGGCCAAAAAUUUGCUCAGAGUAUAUCAUCAAAAUAUAUAUACUAUAUUUGUAAAGGUGUGAGAGGAUCAAAAUAUCACUUUGACAAUUAUAAACCAGAGUAGGUUUUGAGAACUGAUUGCUCACAUGACACUUAGGAAUAUUCUUUCAGAAGCCUUUAAGAGAAAUUUAUUUCUCAGUGGACACUUAGAAGAAUUUGAUGAUCAUACUGUCAUAAGAUCAAUAAUGAAAUUCUCAGCAACAUUAUUUGGUAAACAUUGCACCCUAUAUUUUUACCCAAAAUUUUGCUAAUGAAAAUUUUCAAAUAUAUAAAAAAGUUAAAAUAAUUUGAUAGUGUAUUCACUAGAUGCUAAUUAGCAUUACCUGUACUUGCUCUGUCACAUAUUCAUUCAUCAGUUCAUAUUAUUUUGGAUGCAUUUUAAAUUGCGUAUCAUUAACUAGAGUUUAUUGUUGGCUUAAUUUUUUAUUUGAUAUUAGCAUACAAUGAAGUGCAUAGGACUUAUGUGUUCACUGAGGCUUGGCAAACUCAUUAUAUUGCUAUGGAAAUAUGAAACAUCACCAUCCUAAAACUAUAUAAAUAGAUUCAUACAACAUGUAUGUUUUUCUACAGGCUUCACUUCUUUUUUGUUUGUUUUUUAUUGCUGAGUAGUAUUCUACUGUAUGACAAUAUUGUAGUUUGCUUAUCUAAUUUCCUAUUGAUAGAUACUUGGGCUGUUUCCAGGAUUGGCUAUUAUAAAUAAAGCUGCUAUGAUCAUUCUUAUAAAAGCCUAUGUGAACAUAGGUUUUCAUUUCUUUGUAGUAAAUUCCUUGGAUUACAAUUGCUGGGUCACAGGGUAGUUUUAAAAGAAACUGCCAUACCUUUUUCCAGUGCAGCUUUGUUAUGCCCUCUAUUUUAUAUUUUGAUGUGCAUAACGGUGUAAACUAUUUUUAUGAUCCACACUGAAAUAUUAGAAGAAGCGAGUUUGGGAUAACAAUGGCAUUGUUCAUGGUGGAGAAUGACAAUAUGGUGUUAUUUGAGGAAAGCAAAGGCCUGUCUGCCCCAAACGACUCCUCAAGGGCUUCCUAUGCCUGAAACUUUAGCAAUAUUUCACUCCUUGUGUUAUGUUAACUAGAAGAAAUAGCACUGGUUUGUUUAUGUUACUAACUUUCGCCACCCGUUUUCAGUAGGUAAAGUAAGACUGAUCAUUGAACAGAAAGGGCUAUUUUGUGAUGUGGUUGAGGGGGUAGUGGAAAGCAUGUGUUGCUAGUAAGUCCCAGGUACAGCAAUGUGAAAGAGCCACCUGGGCAGGGAAGUCCCCCACAUGGUGGUCAGAAAAGCAGAAAAUGGGGUGGGAAGAAUUCUACCUCACAGUUUUGCAUAGGGGAUAGGUAUGCUUUUACAGGACAUUUUAGCCUUUAAAAAUAAUAUUUUCAAUAUUGUCUCUUUAUUCAGUAUCACCCAGCUGUAGUUCUUUCACACUCUGAUGACUUUCUUAUCACUCUGUUUUACCUCUCCCAGCUAUUCUAUUACAUACAGCAGUCACCUGUAUUAGUCUAUAAAAUUAUAAUCAUAUGUAUGUUUCUAAUGCUCAUUUUCAAAAAUAUUUCUGUAUGGUUUAUUCAGUUUUUCCUAUUAAAAUUUUAAGGGCUGGGAAAUUUGGCUUCUACUGUAAAUCCGUAUAAUGUUCCACAGAUUGUAAAUAUGCAAUAAAAAUGUUAAAAACUAUAA